AUGCAGGAGGACAAAAUUGUCAAUUACCUGCAGCAGCUAGAAUUCCAGAAUCCAUGUUAGCUUUGUUCGUAUUAGACAGUAGGUGAAAAUGAAGCCCUGGACAAGCGGAUCAAUGCAGGAUCCCACGAGACAUCAGGUGCAGAGCAGGACAUAGGCAAGAUUCAACGUACUAUGGCAUUUCGCAGCGGGUCGUUGACGUUGGCGCAGAAAAUGAGAUGA